CACAUGUACAAGGAGAGACGAAAGAAAAGGUCCACUGUUUGGAAGCAUACCCAAACUGUUCACUAUGUAGACUCAGAGAAUGACAGUGUCAUGUCUGGGAUUACUGCUGACCAUGAUAGCACCAAGCUGAGCAUGGCCAGACUGGUUCCUGUCCAACUCUGGACGGAGAAACGAUUUACACCUUCACUCAAGAACUACAUCAAACGGGAGAAAGAACAUUGGCAGCCUGAUCUCAUGACGAUUCAUCCAUUCAUCAUACAUGUGACGAAAAGAGUUUCUGGUGUCUUAACAAUGGCAGUCUCCCCUACGCAGAGAAUGAUAGCUAUGGGUACCGUCAGAGGUGAUAUAUUUAUCUUUGAUCUCUUGUACGACUCCUCCAAUCCUGUCCGCUACAUAAAGAACGAGGGCGCCUCAUCGGAUGGAGUCAUGCAGAUCUCAUGGAGCCUCGACAGUAACCGGAUCAUCAGUCUCAAUGAAUCGGGGUCUGUCUUCAUGUGGUCAUUGCACCCUGGUGGCUCCAACACCAAAGACAGCAGGAGUCUCGAUUUUAAAGACUCUAAUGAUGAGAUAGUGCCUUCGCAAUUGACCCUCCUCCUAGCCCUUGACCCUGAUGCAGAAGACUUUGACUUUCAAGAAGGUCCUCUAGCCCGCAGUGUAGCUCAGACAGAGUCCCAGACACCCAUCGUGACUGCCUUCCAUCCCUCACACACCCUCAUUGGAUCCCAGAAUAGUCUUGUUGUGAGCUUUGAGAGUGGAGACAUUUACAAGUGCAAUAUAGAACAUCAGAUAACAGAGACUUCAGAAAGCUUCGAGAAUACAGAGAAUGUCAUGUUUCCUACAGUUCAAGGAGCAGGGGACACGAUCGGUCAGGACAUCCCUGUGGAACUCUUCAGGGCACACAAACAUGCCGUCAUCUACCUGGGCUACGUCGGUAACUAUGGCAACAUGAUUUCUGUGGAUGUCAAAGGUUAUAUCUUCAUCUGGAAAUACACCAGGAGGAAAAUCAGUCACUAUGGUUGGUUUGAACCGAUAGAGAAAUACUGGUUAGAAAUGGCAAAUGAGAUGUACUCAACAAUGAACAAUGAAACACCAGAGAUAUAUUUCAGUGAUGACUAUGCCCUGGGGAAGAAGAAGAUGAAGGGAAAGAACAAGGAUAGAAUGAUGAUUGAGCUGGAGGAGGACAGGAAAGAUGCAGACAUUGAGUGGAGCAAUAUGAAGAUCACCCAAGUUUGGUUCACAGACUUCAACAAGAAACAGGACAGGGAGACCACUGUAUACAGACCGGACACUGUGGACGCAAAAGGGUCACCAUUCCACAUCAUCGUGAGGCAGAAGUCUACAGGGCUGCUUUUGAAACACUACAGUCAGCUCCACAAACCUGUACAGCAUUCUGCAAGUCGGUUUCUGGCAUGUCAUCCAUCGGCUACAGGGAGAGAGCUGGUUUUCAUGCUCCUGUUUUCACCCUUCCCUCCUAAAUCUGGUCGCAUUACCUUUGUCAUUGUAAAGCUUGAUGGCCGGCUUGAAGUGGUGGAUAGGCGCAUUGAUGUCAUCCUGACCUCUGAGGAAUACGAGCGAUGCUUCAAGGAUGAUGUUUGCUCGUUUCAGAUGAACAACACCGUUGAUGCCAUUGGCUCAAGCUACAUCUACCUGACCCUAAUGGGGGCGUUCAUGGUCUUCUCGGUCAACACCGGCACCCUGGUCCUUUCCACUCGUAAGGGGGACACCUCCGCACCUCUCCAGUGGGCCCCAAGGUCCCCCACCAAACUCUAUUUCAACGCAUCCAUGGCUCUGUCCCAGACCCAAGGUGGUACAUAUGUAAUGCUGUAUGCUGAGAACCAGACUUCAGUUCAUGUCAUCAAAGUGACAGACAGAAACACAAAGGGAAAGAGAAUGGCUGUCAACAAAGCAUUCAAGUUGUGGAACAGCACCAGUCCAAGCCCUGGUCCAGGUCCCGCUCCUGAACAGACCAUCCGACGACAGGAAUGGAGCCUGAAACGGGAUCCAUUUGGUCAUGUGGCCCUCUAUGUUCGUGGUCUCAUUCUGGGGCUGGUGGAUGAUGCAGUCCAGAAGGUAGAUGGAGAGUUCUCUGAGGAGGAUAGGAAGACACAUGCGGAGCAGGGCAGGAGGCUAGCUCAUCAGUACUUUGGGCUGAGAUUAAAGGGGCCCGGAGCUGCAGAAGAACAGCCUACAGAGCAGAGGGAAGAGGGCGAGGGUGACUUGGACCAGAACGAUCACCGGGUUCAGCCUCCAGUUCAAGGGGAUGAUCUCAGGGAUGAUGAAGCAGAGGAACAUCCUACCGUCUAGGAGCCCUCUGGCGGUUUGUGACCGAUGAGCAGUUCCUCAUGGAAUACUGUCUGAAUUCUUAUUUAUAACUUGAUUUAACACACAUGAAUUGUUUUGAGAGAUAUGUUAUAAUAUAUUUGGGGCUUUGAUGCAAAAUAAGUCUAGAAUGUUAUGAAUGGCAAGAUAACUAGGAAAAAUAAAGGUCAAGUUUCCAGGGUCUCUCUAAAUAUCUACGUUUAGUUCUAAGUAUAAUUUUAAGUUGAACUUUCCACUGCAAUUUUCUGGGGUUUCUCUAAGGCCAAGGAAAGGAAUUUUUCUUGCUUCUGGAGGCCAUAAUUGUUGAACCCUAUGCAUCAGCAUGCAGCAGCUUCACAACUUCCCCUCAAGCCAGUUACUGGACUCUUACUGCGCCUUUACUCGUCCAUUGCAUACCGCUCGCAUUGGUUGCGCAGCCGGGUCCGGACCGGCUGGCGCGCGGACUUUGUUUGAUGUUUCUACUGUAAAUUGGAGCAGUAAGCACGGCAAAACAACGUAUUGCUGUUUACGCUGUUUUGCAAGGUCUCGCUAGUUAUAGAAUCUACAAAUAAGUAGUAAGAAUUUUUACCAGUAGUCAUUUCAUCUUACUGGUGAGAACAAAUUGCUCCAUCUAAAACUUGAGGGCAGUGACAGCUGCCUCAUUGAUCGAGGCAUUCAUCGUCGGAUGGAUUGUUUAUCUGGACAAAGUCCAUUGGACACAUCUCCUUUACCAUCUUGCUCGACAGUGAUGGCUCGUCUUGAAUUAAAUUGAAAAUGGUUUAUUAAAAACAAUAUAUAGCAGCCCGAAAGCUGAAUUCCAUAUCGAUUCACAAUAACAUAGCAGUAAAAUCGCAUUUGAGUUUACAAAAAUAUACAUAAAUCUGAACAAUUUGAAAGCAUAUAGUUCAAGUCAGUACAUUAUAACUGGUCUCUGCUCUAUAUUGGUGGAACUCCUUCUUGACCUUAACUUAGUGACCUGAAAUUCUACUCGCCUGAUUGGGGAUACUUGAUAACCCUCUCUCUUUCCUUUCCUCUUCCUUUCUAUCAACUAUUCCUACCUCUUCCUCGUCUCUGCUCUAUAUUGGCUGAACUCCUUCUUGACCUUAACUUAGUGACCUGAAAUUCUGCCCACAUGAUUGGGGAUACUUGUUUUACUUUCACACGGAAACUAGAAACUGCCUUUCGAGUUAACAAAUACUAACCCGUUUUCCAUAGUAUCCUGCCUUGCCGAACAAGGCCUGCUUAUUCUCAGUGACAAACAUCACCAUUGCAUUCUGCUCCUCCUUGGAGAAGUUGGCCUCCCUUUCUCUUACUUUAGCCAAUGGGUAUGAAUUCUCUAUUCCAAGAAAGAAGUAGGAUCCUGUUCUUCUCUCUUUCCUUUCCUCUUCCUUUCUAUCAACCUUUCCUACCUCUUCCUUGCUUCUCUUCUGUCUCCUCUCCUUGACAUCUCGCCUUUUAAAAAAUCUAAUCGAUGCCACAUCACACCUAUUAUAUUGUGUCUCUUUCCCGGUCAUGUCAUGCUGCCUUCUUUAAUGCCGAAUUAUUGGCUCCUUCUCCUCAUUCUCAUAAUCGCACUUCUUACAUUUGUAGGUCAGAUCUGAAUCAUGCCUGUCUUGCAUGUGUGCCUUAAUUAACUCCAGAAAAGUGUCAAACUCUUCUCUGCACUUGCAGCAACAGGGCAUGCCAGGGCCUUGGUCUUUAACUCCUGCCACUUCUUCCUUCCGUACAUCCUUUCACUCCCGCUGGCAUCCACCAGCAGCUCUGAGCAAGGCCUCGCAGUCCGCCCAUGCUUUCUGCUUCCUCUCCUCCACCUGAGCAAUGAUAGACAAAUCAUCAAAUAAAAUUAUUAGUUCCCUAUAAAUUAAUCACUUUAAAAUGUUCCACUUAGAAAUGUAUGGAAUUUUUAAAUUUAACUUUGGAAAAACCCUGAUAAAAUCUCCAUAGCACCUACAAAUAUUUCAUUUGUGUUGAUAUUAUUUAAAUAGAAUCAUUACAGAGUGCCAAUUCUUAUUACACAUAUCCUUAUCAAUAGUAAGAUAAUUUUGGUUUUAAUUUCUCACAGAAACUAUACACUGCCUUUUAAGUUAACAAAUACUUACCCUUUUUCCUCAGUAGCCUGCCUUGCCAAACAAGGCCUGCUUAUUCUCGGCGACAAAUCACCAUUGCCAUCUGCUCAUCUUUGGAAAAGUUUGCCUUUCUUUCUCUUUUCUAUAAAGAAUAGAAAUAUCACCUAGUAGAAUUCAGAUUACAUUCAUGCAUAAUUCAGUUGAUUUAGAUUUAGAUUUAGUUUUUUAGGUAAGUACUCCUUUAAAAACAGAAAUUAAUCUUUGAAAACAAAUAAAUAUCUCAUUAAGUGCCCACACAUAAAAUGUUACCUGUCAUUCUUGAGUUGGACCUGCAUGCCAGGGCCUAAAUGGUUUUCAUCUCCUGCCACUUCUUCCUGACAUCCUUCCACUCCCGCUGGCUUCCCCCAGCAGAAACCAUGUUUGUUUGAAAAUUGAAAACAAACGUCCAACAGAGAAUCAUAUCUUUGUUCUAACCUCUUUCUUUGCUAAGGGCUUUACUCCUUGCUGUCUUUCUAUCCAGAUCUUCUUCAUUCAGCAUACUGCAAAUCCUAUUGACUUCAUCUUUAUAAAAUCGGUACUUCUUGAAUUUCUUGUCGGAUAGCUGCACAAAGGGAUCUAUUUUAUCCUCCACAAUUCUCUUAGCUCCUUCAUUUGCAGCCACCAUUUUGAAGAAUUGCAAUCAACUGCCAAACAGUUGCAAAUUUUGCGCUACCUCCAAAUUUAUUGCAAAGUUGCGCUUGAUCUGCGAUUUAUUGCAAGAUUUGCGCUAGAUAUUUGCAGCGCAACUUUUUCUUGCAACAGGAUUGAACGCAACUGGCGUUUAAUUGCAAAUUUGCAAUUAAACGCCAGAGUUGCGCUUGAUUUUAAUGCAACUUUCUUGCAACGCCCCAUAAGACUGCACCAGUGGCGAAAUAAUUGAGAGCGACAAAUAUCUGUAGCUGUGCCGGUAGGGCCUUGCUUCUUUGGGUCUUGUGGAUCAGUUUGGGAGUUAACAAGUCUAUCAAUGUAAUACAGCCUACUCUAGUAAAUCUGUACUUUCUUUCAAGAUCUCUAUCUCCGAAUUCCAGGGGCUGUGUUCUAUCUCGAAAUACUCAAGGGAUUCUUUUCUGCCUCUCAUCUCCUCAUCAAACAUUAGCAUUGCAGCCAUGAUUGUAAUUGAAUGGGUGUGGCAUGGCAAACGUCCAAAAGAGAAUCAGAUCUUUGUCCUAAUCUGCUUUUGUCUUCUGUUUUGACCUUUUGACUUCCUCUACACGGUGAAUGGUGCAGGAUGCAGUAUUGCGGUUCACACCGUGUGUGGUUGCGGUGUCGUCCAAAACUGCACCAGUGGCGAAAUAAUUUAGAGCCACAAAAAUCUGUAACUGUGCUGGUAGUGCCUUGCUUCUUUGGGUCUUGUGGCUCAGUUUGGGAGUUAACAAUUCUAUCAAUGUAAUGCACCCUUCUCUUGGAAAUCUAUACUUUCUUUCGAUAUCUUUAUCUCCGAAUUCAAGGGGCUGUGUUCUAUCUCGAAAUAUUCUAGGGAUUCUUUUCUGCCUCUCCUUUCCAUCGAUCAGCAAACAUCAAUAUGGCAGUCAUGAUUGUAAUUGAUUGGGUGCACCAUGGCAGCCCAAGCCUGAUAUUGAUUUCUUAUAAGUUGCGAUAGAUUGUGAAUCAAUCGCAACUUUACCCAGAGUUACGAUUGAUAUCAAUCGCAACUUUUCAUGAGAUGGAAUCAAUAUCAAUUUUAAAGUUGCGAUUGAUUUGGGGAGUUAUGAUUGAUUCUCAUCAAUCGUAACUUUUUGUAAGACGGGGUCUGAAAUUCCCUUCUACCAUGUAGACCUCUAGAAAUGGUCAAAGGACCAAAUGUAACCCUACAUACAUGCACACUUCCAAUGUGAAAAAUACUUAUGUAUACAAUCAUGCUUAUAGUGCUACUUUUAAUACACUCACCUCCUUGAACUAAACCAGCAAUGAUCCGACUCCCCUCCAUAAUUGAAUGCUGUCAAAGAAGUAGAAUAUACUUAAAGAAAUUGAGGAUCUAACUAGAAACCACCCAAGAAGCCAUUCAUACUGACAUUUGAUUUUAGCCAUCAUACCCGUGUGUAGUGACUUUAUCAUUCUGGUGAACUUCUCAGGGCAUCCAUACUUUUGGAGUAGUUGCCAUAGACCUGUCCUACCAACAGUGUCAAAUGCUUUGGUGAAAUCCACAAAGACCACAUAGAGAGAUCGGUUGUGCUCGAUACACUUCUCCUGUAAUUGUCAGAGGCAGAAGAUCAUGUCCACUGUGCUCCAUUUGUUUCCUCGCCUCCCUUUCCUUUUCUUCCGCCUCCCGCCUCUGUUUGGUCCUCCUCUCUUUCUCCUGCUUCUCUUUUCUGGUCCUCUCCUCUUCUCUUGCUUGUCUCUGCUCUACUUUUUCCUUCUCCUCUCUCGCCUUUCUGUCCUGGUAUCUUGGUCCCACCAUCGAGUAUCCUAAGAAAUCCACUUGGACCAGCUCUUCUUUGUGUUUCUGCUGGCAAUGUUCUGUCAAAUCUGUUUCCUCCUUAUAUAAUUUGAACGUUGGAUGACCACCCUCUUGUUUCUUUUGCUUUUUCUCCUUUCUCGCCUCCCUUUCCUUUUCUUCCGCCUCCUGCCUCUGUUCUGUCCUCUUCUCUUUCUCGUUCACUCUUUCUUGGUCUUCUUCUCCUCUACUUUCUCCUGCGUUGACUUCUGUUCCUCCUCUCUUGCUUGUCUCUGCUCUACUUUUUUUUCCUUCUUCUUUUUCUCCUUUCUCACCUUCCUUUCCUUUUCUUCCGCCUCCCGCCUCUGUUUGGUCCUCCUCUCUUUCUCCUGCUUCUCUUUUCUGGUCUUCUCCUCCUCUCUAGCUUGUCUCGGCUCUACUUCUUUUUCCUUCUCCUCUCUCUCCUUUCUGUCCAGGUUUCUGGGUCCCGCCAAUGUGUACCCCAGAAAAUCAACUUGAUUUACCUCUUCCUGGUGAAGCUGUUUGUAAUGAUUGAGCAUUAACAUUCGCUCUUCUCCCUCAAACGGGCACACUCCACACUUUAAAGUUAACAACCGUCCAUGUACCUUCCGCAAAUGAUAAUUAUACUCUGGGUAGCUUCUGAAGGUUCGUUUGCACUGAUUACAGGGUACAACCAUGGUCUGUAAAAAGAGUCAAUAGAGGAAAAAUAGAAGAAAAUACAUCUAUAUACAAGGAGUAGACAAAGAGUGGAUAAUAGCUUCUCUUCUCUCUCCUGCCUUGCCUUCUUUUCCUCCUCAUCUCUCUCCUUUCUAAGUAUCUUGGUCCCGCCAAUGUGUACCCCAAGAAAUCCACUUGAAUGAGCUCUUCCUUAUGGUUCUGUUUGUAAUGAUCAUUCAUAACCACUCGCUCUUCCGCUUCAUGUGAGCAAACCCCACACUUCAAGGUUAAAAGUCUUCCAUGCACCCUCCUUAAAUGGUAGUUGAACUCGGGAUAGCUCCUAAAAGUCCUCUUACAUUCAUUACAGGGUACUACCAUAGUCUGUAAAUAGAGACAAUAGAGGUGCGACACCCCCCCCCCCCACCUGUCAUAUAUUGUCGGUAGAAUUGCGGUGCUGUCAAGUUUGCGUAAUGACCAAAGAUGUAUGUAUUUAUCGAAGUGAUUCAAGCAUGAACAACAAUAUACAAAAACAAAAAUAUAGGCGACGCUUGGUAGUCAAGAUGCAAAGGCGCGUGAGAGUACGCGAAAGAAGAGAAAAAGAGAUAGAGAAACGUCACAAAGCUCAAAAGUUGGACCAUUGUGACGUGAAAAAAUAGGAGAAAAUUAGAAAUAUAGGGAGCGUUAGAAGAGCGUAUCUCCAGGGGAGAUACGCGGAAAGCAAAAGAAAAGGAAAAGAAGAGGCGCACAGAAAGAAAAAUAAGCAAUUGAAAAA